UAGUAGUGUUGUGUCGUUCGUGAACGAACGAACUAAAUUGAACUAUUCACCAAACUGAACGAACGAACUAGGUCUGCCUUUAUAGUUCAAUAUAGUUCGAUAGUUCAAUUUAGUUCACUUAGUUCAAUAUAGUUCACUUAGUUCACGUCGUUCAUUUUGAUCUCUUACCCUGAUCGUUCGUUCGUUGUUCACUUAGUUCGAUAGGUCGGUCUGAGUUCACUUAGUUCGAUAGGUUGGUCUGAGUUCACUUAGUUCGAUAGGUUGGUCUUAGUUCAUUUAGUUCGAAAGUUCGUUUACCGAAUAAGCUGAUUAAUUUUCGCAUACAUUUAAAACUACGGUUUACAAGUUUGUGCGUAUCUAUGGCUUCAAAACGAAAGCAUAGCAAAGUUUGGAAUUUCUUUGAUUCAGUGGAUGAGAAGAGUGCUAAAUGCAAAUACUGCAAAACUGUGCUUAGUGUGGCUGGUGGAUCGCAAGGAAACUUAUCGCGUCACCUUAAAAAUAAGCACCCAGCAGCUUUGGAGGAAACAAAGCGCCAAACCAAUGAAAGCCGACAGGAAGCAAAUACUCCUCAGAUAAUUGGACCCCAACAGCAAGUAAUAACUUCGUUCAUUCAACGACCGGCUGCCGGGAAAGCUGAGAAAAUUGAUAGGCAACUAGUUCGUAUGAUUGCAAAAGGUCAUCAUGCAUUGCGAAUUGUAGAAGAGCCUGAUUUCAAGCAGCUCAUAGAUGAUGUGUCUAAUUGCCCCGGAUACAAGAUGCCCACUCGAAAAACGCUGUCCAACGUGCUUCUUCCAAAGCUUCGGGACGAAAUUGUUGGUAGCGUCAAAGAAAAAAUGGAGCUGGCAUCUGCAGUUUGUUUGACAACGGAUUGUUGGACCUCUCUUGCAAAUGAAAGUUAUAUUGCUGUUACAGCUCAUUUUAUUGAGAGUGAGGCAACUGUUAUGAGCUGUCAAUGCCAUUAAAACAGGAAAUUGGCCACAUAUACCAUGUUUUGCACAUAGCUUGAACCUAAUUGUGCAAAAAGGACUCCGCGAAAUCAGCGUUGUACAAAACAAAGUCAAAUUCAUUGUGGAGUUUUUCAAUCGUAGCACUUUCGGCCUUAAGAAGCUGAAGUCAACUCAAACCCAAUUGAACUUGCCCGAUCUCAAAUUGAUUCAAGAUGUGUCAACUCGUUGGAAUUCAACUUUUAAAAUGCUAGAAAGCCUUGUUGUGUUGAAAGAUGCUCUUAUAUUAACACUUUCUACUCUGCGUUCUGAAUUAAACUUAUCUCAGAAUGAGUGGGCGAUAGUAGAAGAGUUACUGCCUAUAUUAAAACCAUUCAUGGAGGUAACAGAAGAAAUAUCAGCAGAAAAGAAUGUAACCCUUUCAAAGGUUAUAGUUCUUGCGAUUUUGCUACAGAACUGUUUGAAUAACAAAACGCCUAAGGAUAAAUGUGUUGCUGCACUUGUUGCAGUUCUAAAAGCUGAGAUGAAUCGACGAUUUUGCAAGCUGGAAAGUAACGAACUCUACGCAGAGAGUAACAUUUUAGAUCCUCGAUUUAAAGGUCGUUGGUUCAAGUCAAAAGAAGAAUACGAAAAAGCUGUUUGUAAUCUUAAAAGGAAAGUAACUCCAAUUCGUCUCAACAGCGAAAAUUAUGAAUUCGAAUCACCUGCGUUUGAAACUAAUUCAGCCAAUCAGAGUUCGGUUUGGUGUGAUUUUGACAGUGAGUUCAAGAACACGACAAAGGCUGCAAACACUACCGGUUCUGCCGAGAAAGAGAUGGAAAAAUACCUCGAAGAGGAAUUUAUACCGAGGACUGCUGACCCUUUGGUUUGGUGGGAACAAAGAAAGAAAUUGUAUCCGCAUCUAUAUUCUUACAGCCUUAAGCGACUAUGCCUUAUGGCUACAUCAGUUCCUUGCGAACGCCUAUUUUCAAGUGCUGGGGAAAUCAUCCGAAAAAGACGGAUGCUACUAAAACCUAAUAAAGUGGAAAAUCUAAUGUUCCUUCAUAGCAACAUGUAGAUGGAUCACAG